AUGGACGACAGUUUCUUUGCGCUGGUCCGACUCUUUUUGUCAACCUUGCUGCCCGACAACUCCAUUAGAGGCUUCGUGCGCGGCGCGGUUGUCGGAAUUGCCAUCGGCUUCGCCUUGGUCGUUGUCUCCGAAGUCAUCCGGAGUCCGCCCUCGUCCCCGUUCCGCUGUGACGACCCGUCCCUGCAGGCCCUCCAGGAGCGGGACAUCUUGCCCACGGCUCCCUAUUUGUUGGUAGUAUGGGCCUCUUCGCACGCCGUGGUGUUAGUGAAUGAGAUGUGGCGCCCCGGCGUCAGUUGGACGGAUGCGACCUACUGGGCGGCCAGGCAUACUCGCAGAUUAUUCGUCGGCCUCGUCAUCUCAGGUGACAUUACCAGCAUCAUCAAGAUGGCAUUUAACUCUAAGAGACCAUUUUUCAUCGACGCCUGCCAACCGGCCGUGCGCCUGCCCAACGGAACGGAGGUGCUCGUGUGUUCGGGAAGGCCGGUGGCUCCAGGACCGCGCUCAGGCGUCCCUUCGGUCUUUGGCGGCGGCGAACACUCCGAAUAUCGUCGCGUUAGCUCUCGGACACCGGUCACUGGUGACGUCACGGACUAUCGGUGCACUGGGCCCAAGGGCCCCAAGUCGGGGGACUCGUUUCCUUCGGGCCACGCUGCCGUUGCGGGCUUCGCGGCUGUCUUCAUGUUUGGCUACAGUAUUCGGAGGUGCGUGGGCUUCGAGCAGCCAUGUCGAGCUGCUUUCCUGGCUGUUUAUCUCGGCGCGCUCGUCUUGGUGGUCUGUUUGCAGAGGGUUCUGCAGCACAAGCACUUCCCGGAGGACGUCGUGUGUGGUUCCGUGUUCGGAGCAGUCAUGGCUCUCGUAUUCGUCGUAUGGCCCUACGGUGACGCCAAGGCAACUGCAUAG